AGGAAACUCACUGUGUGAGCAGGUUUUACUUCCGGGUUGUCGCAAAAUCCAAGCAAAUUCCCCAAGUUAGUCUCGAUAUUUUCUCAUCGAUCGAAAGCAAGUCAACAUGGAAGGAAAGAAAGUUACUGUUGAUGCCCAAAAGCAUCUUGAAGCGAAAGAGGUCCCAAAGAGAAAAGUUGAUCCUCUGGUUCACAAUUUGAACAUCAAUUAUGACUUCUCCCAUCCUCGGCGAGGAUUGGCUGUUGUAAUCAACAUGAGGUACUUUGAUUUCCGUUCCACUCACCAGAAAGAGAGAGAGGGCACAGAUGAGGAUGCACAGGCUAUUGUCGAGAGGCUGCUGAGGCUAGGUUUUGACGUGAGAAGAUAUGAUGAUCUGACACGAAGGGAUAUAAGUCUUCUCAUGGAUGAUUUGGCCAAAGAAGACCACUCAGAUGCCGACUGCUUUGUUUGUGUGUUCCUAAGCCAUGGUAAAGAAGGCCGUGUAUAUGCCUAUGAUGGAACCGUCUACAUUGAGACCUUACUCGCUAAUUUCAAGGGAGAUGUUUGUCCAGCUUUAGCUGGGAAACCAAAGUUGUUUUUCAUACAGGCGUGCCGUGGUUCUAGGUUCAUGCAUGGUGUGGUAGUUGCCGAUAGCUAUGAAGAUGGAGAAGACGUUACAGAUGCUGCAGCUGAGACGACACGGAAUAUUCCAACGGAAGCCGACUUCUUGAUUUCUUACUCAACAGUUCCUGGUUACUUCUCGUGGAGAAACAACGAGGACGGGUCAUGGUUCAUUCAAGCUCUCUGCCGAGUGAUCGACGAUGUUGGAACUACUGCGGAACUUAUGCAGAUGAUGACAUAUGUGAAUCGUAUCGUUGCUUAUGAGUUUGCGUCAUGCACCGACCACGAGUGGACCGACAACAUGAAACAGAUUCCAGCCAUUGAAACACGACUCACCAAAUUUGUCUACUUCCAUCCCAAGAAGGUGACGAGCAAUUCAUUGGAGCAUUAUCCGUCUAGGUUUUUCCCAAGGUCUUAGCUAUUUGGAUGCAUUAGCAGCCGCUUUCAUCUAAGAUUUGAGACAGGCUGUUUGAAAACUGCCAUAGCUUGAUAAGGCUGUAGGGCUGCUGCACACAUUCCUCAGAUAAAGCUUUUUUCUGUAUGCUUGCGCAAAGAUUUCCACAUUUAGAAAUACGUGUAGUUUCAAUCUCAACAGCUGAAGUUUGAAUACAUGAUUAUUUUCAAUUACAAAAACAUAUAGAAAUAAGGCCAUUGAUUUUUAGUUCUAACAGUCUCUAAAAAGAGACUGGAGGGCUUGUUGGUGGGAUUACAACUGUAUGAUGAAUGAGAGUGGUCCCUCUGCUGACUGAUUCCUUGCUUAAAUUUUGGGGUAAAAGUUAUCACUUGAUCUCAAAAUUGGUAUACAGAAUGCCGUGUGUAAGAUCUGUUGAGUAUGAGGACAGGUGAUCUAUAGUUGCUUUAGUUAUAAAUGAUUGAAUACAUUGCAGUCAAUGUAAUUGCUAUUGUGCUUUGUAAAUUCAUGUAUUUUCAUAUAGAUUUCAUAUAAUCGUUUAUUGGAUGUACUGUACAUGUAUCCGUGAUAUAGAUUUUUAUAUAUUUUAUAAAGGACAUACCGGGUAUUCCUUUUGAUAGUGUUUUGUUGUUUUGAUUCAAUCAAUGGGGCUAUCAUCCAGUCAUGUAAUCUUAGCUAUGUUUGAAAACCACAGCAGUGGUAGCUAUAUGAUGUGUCCUGAUGACAUCUGAUAUGGUUCCAAGAUGCACCAUAAGCUUUAUACUCUGCCCUCACAGAUUAGCUUAGUUCAUAUCCCUUCAAAGGUGAAAGCCACAUUCCGUCUGUAAAUGUUACGAUUGUUUGGCACGAUGGCCGUAGGAAGUCGGAACCAAUUUAAAUCAUUGUAGUAAUUCGUAAGAGGAUCACAUCAAAUCUAAUAACAUAUUAGCUUUUGCUAUGAUACCACUGUUGUCAGUUCAUUUAAUCAAAUGCCAUACAUGUACUUAGUUUUUUCAUGUUUUACAGUUAAUUUUUCGGUGCUGAUUUAUAUCAGUCUUAUACUGUCAUUAUGACUACUUUAUCAAUUUAGGUGGGCUAGUCUUGGCUUUGUUUUUAUGCAACAUAUACAGUUUGCUUAUGUUUAUUUAUUUCAAUGUCAAAAUGUAUCCCCUGAAUCCUAUUGAAGAAUGGACUAGGGCAGUGCAUAGUGCAAUAUCAAAGCCAUGUUUGAGUGAAAGUUUCCGCCAUAGGCUUAUGUGUCUUCUCCUUAUAUAUCUGUAAAACACACUUCUGGUUCAGGUCCAAGUUUUCAAAACAAUGUGAACAAGACAUAGCCACUAUGUAUCUUGUAGUGAGCUAGUGAACUAGUAAACAAAGUUAAUCCAUGCGUUUUGAAGAGCCUGGCUUCGAAUGAGUGUUUGAAUUAGAAAUCCAUGAUAUAGAAUUGUCAUAAUAAUCCAGAUGUUAACCUUCUGCACAACGAAGUUUAGAGAGAGAAUAAAGUCUUU